AUGCCCCAAGAACAGUUCCCGCACGCCCGCAGCGCCCUGCCUGGUAUCGAAGGCCCCCAAGUCUACAAGGUGGGCAUCUAUGGCUGGAGGAAGCGCUGCCUCUACUUCUUUGUCCUGCUCCUCAUGAUCCUCAUCCUGGUGAACUUGGCCAUGACCAUAUGGAUACUCAAAGUCAUGAACUUCACAAUUGAUGGAAUGGGGAAUCUGAGGAUCACAGACAAAGGCUUAAGGCUGGAAGGAGACUCCGAGUUCUUACAACCUCUCUACGCCAAAGAAAUCCAGUCCCGACCCGGAAAUGCUCUGUACUUUAAGUCUGCCCGCAACGUCACCGUGAACAUCCUCAACGAGCAAAUGAAAGUGCUCACACAGCUCAUUACAGGUCCAAAGGCUGUGGAAGCUUAUGGCAAAAAGUUUGAAGUGAAAACACCAUCAGGAAAAUUGCUCUUCUCAGCUGAUAAUGAGGAGGUGGUGGUGGGUGCUGAGCGGCUGAGAGUUUUAGGAGCUGAAGGCACGGUGUUCCCCAAAUCCAUUGAGACGCCAAAUGUCAGGGCCGACCCUUUCAAGGAGCUGAGGCUGGAGUCCCCGACUCGUGCCCUGGUUAUGGAGGCCCCCAAGGGGGUGGAAAUCAACGCAGAAGCUGGUAACCUAGAGGCCACCUGCAGGGCAGAGCUCAGGCUGGAGUCCAAAGAUGGAGAGAUCAGGCUGGACGCCUCAAGCAUCAGGCUCCCCCGCCUGCCACACGGGUCCUACGCGCCCUCGGGUGCCCGGCAGAAGGUGUUCGAGCUCUGCGUGUGUGCCAAUGGCAGGCUUUUCCUGUCCCAGGCGGGGGCCGGCUCUACCUGCGAGACCCACACCAGCGUCUGCCUCUGAGCUGGGUGGGGGAUUCCCCGCCGACACCCAGGAAAGCCAAUCAGAAACUCACUCGU